AUGGUGGCUUAUAGUUUGGAGUUUCUUGAUCUUUCAAGUAACCAUUUGAAUGGAUCAAUACCAGAUGAUAUAGGAAAUUUUUACAACCUUAGCUACUUAAAUUUGUCCAUGAAUUCUUUGAGUGGUCCAAUACCUGCUACAUUUUUGCGGUUGCAUCAACUCUCUCAUCUUUCACUUGCCUCUAACAAUUUGACUGGUGAAAUUCCUGCUAGAUUAUUUGACUUACUUAGUCUGAGUAACAUAGAUAUUUCUCAUAAUCAUCUGAGUGGAAGUAUUCCAAGAGGCUUUGGAGAACUACAGCGAUUGCAGAAUAUUGAUGUAUCAUACAACAAAUUUUCCGGAGAAAAAAGCGAAACUGUUAGCCAUAUGUGGGAUGCGAGACUAACCCUUGCGACGAUUGUAACUUGUGUCGUGAUUGUAGCGGCAGCAGUAGUCAUCAUUGGGAUAGGAAUUCUGGUGUUCAGACCUAGGGUUGGAAGGAGAAAACUCAGAAAAGAAAGUGAUGGAGAAGAAUGGGGUAUGAUUUCAUUUCAAAGGUUGGGAUUCAAUAAAUGGGAUAUUUUGGGUGGUUUGAUUGAUGAAAAUUUGAUUGGAAAUGGAGGGUCAGGGAAAGUAUAUGGAGUGAUCACCAAGUAA